UACUGCUCUACCGUAGUGGCUUGAAACUGUCCUAAGCGGUGAGAAAUUGUACGCGUUUUCUUUUUAGAUUCCUCCAAAAAGCUCCCUGAAAAAACGCGGAAAACACACGCGGAGCUUAAUGUUGCAGCAGAGAUAAAAGUCGGACUUCUCUUGGCAUUUAUUCGACACUCCAGCAGUAUAUUUAGUCAGUUGGUUUGACCAUCAUCUUAACCAACGAGCAUUUGAAGUCCUCACAGAGACCUGGACAUAAAACUACCUGUCCAAAGAUAAAGACUCUCACCAAGUGAUAUUUAAUGUUCGCGCUUUGUUUGAAUCGAUGCAGUUUUCCACCCUCUGUACGUUUAUUUUUAACCAUAUCAAGCCGCGUGAGGGGUAAACAGGACGCCGCAAAGUUUGAACUUGUGAAUGGUUGUCAGGAUCUUAUUUCCACAGGUGUGUUGUUCUCACUCUUGUUGUAUUGAUCUCUUCAGCGGUGUAAAGCACACCUCACAGACUCUGGUGUUAUGGUUGACAUGAUAAAGACCCGCCAAUGUCUGCUCGGUGUACGGACUUUUCUCGGCGUGACGUCCAGAAUAUGGAGCUUCUUCUUAUACAUCCUUAGGAAGCACAUCAGAACGAUAAUCCAGUAUCAAACUGUGCGAUAUGACAUUUUACCAUUGUCACCCAUUUCCAGAAACAGACUCAACACUGUGAAGAGAAAGAUCCUAGUUUUAGAUCUUGACGAGACGUUGAUACACUCGCAUCACGAUGGAGUCCUCAGACAAACAGUGCGACCUGGAACGCCACCAGAUUUCAUCCUAAAAGUGGUAAUAGACAAACACCCAGUCAGAUUCUUUGUACAUAAAAGGCCGCAUGUUGACUUCUUCUUGGAGGUGGUCAGUCAGUGGUAUGAGUUAGUAGUGUUCACUGCUAGUAUGGAGAUUUAUGGCUCUGCAGUAUCCGAUAAGCUGGACAACAACAAGGGAAUCCUGAAAAGAAGAUACUACAGACAGCAUUGUACACUGGACUCAGGUAGUUAUAUUAAAGACCUAUCUGUUGUACACGAAGACAUAUCAAGUGUAGUCAUUCUUGACAACUCGCCAGGGGCAUAUCGAAGUCAUCCAGAUAAUGCAAUACCUAUAAAGUCAUGGUUUAGUGACCCCAGUGACACAGCGCUUCUUAACUUGCUGCCCAUGCUGGAUGCACUAAGAUUCACCGCAGAUGUACGAUCCGUCCUAAGCCGAAAUCUCCACCAGCAUCGACUCUGGUGAUCAUCCGACCGAGGGCUUUCUUCAAACCCACCUUAUUUUUUCAACUGCUUCCUCAUUUGACAUCUGCCUGUCCAUUAACCCUCAACUCUGACUCGUCAUCUCCCAACAACACCCUUACUAAAGGGCAAUCCAGAAGAAGAGUCAAUUGUGAACACAAAACCAAAAGGGGGAUGGAAAAAGCAAACCUUUGGAGUCUUUGGGGGUCAACCUUUUUUUCUAGCCCCCCCUUCUACAUAAGAGUCUCUGCCUUACACUUCUAACUAUGCUGAUUAUAUGUGUGGGUUAUGAUUGUGGUAUGUGUAUGAGGAUGCCUGCUGCUUUUAUUUUUAACUAUUUUAAGAUACAAAGUGGCUGGAUACUGAAGCAAGGAAAACAGACCUUUUCACGAUUGCUCCUUCAGUCCCAGCUUUGGACAUCAUACCUCACUUCUAAAAGUGGCACAAACAGAUCUGGUAAACAGACUGGCUUGUGAAGACCAUCUGAAUUGGCCAUCGACACUUUGCACAUCUAAUAGAGUUCACGCGAAUAACAAUUGAUGACACUGAUUUCGACUGCUCUGUAGAUUUCAGUGUUAUCGUGGUCAAGUUGUAUAUGGUAUUGAGGGACUGUCUUGGAAAACAUGGGUUUUAAUGACGUAUGUAUGGUAGACCUCUCCCUAUUUGGAUGUGGGUGGAAACCAUCUUGACUUUUUUUCUUCUUAUUCUGCAGCAAAUUUUAUUCUUGCCAAUUUUCAUCUUUUGUUCUUGAUAGUAAAUUAAUUUGAAUCAUGAUUAUCAGGGAGGAUAUAGUAUAAAAUGUGCUUUUGAGAAGCUGAAUGACAGAUUUUAAGCCUUUCUGCUCUAAUUCUUCUCUACAGAUGUAUUUGGUUGAUCGAUGAAAUCCUACCACUUGGAAGCCUUUUUACAAAUGUUUUUGUUCUCUUUCCUGAUAAUGUAAUAAUGACAAGACUUGAAUUUAUAAAACUUGCACUUCAUUGUAUUGGAGAGCUGACCGAGUA